AACACAACAAGUGCGGUCUUACAUCACUUACUAUGUACUCACUGUAGCAUAUUCUUCUUCCUCUAUCUAUGACUAUGAAUACCCACCAAGCACCCAACUAUCCUCUUUCUCUUUCAACCUCUCCUUUCUUCUUUCUUAGAUCUGAAGUGAAGAUGAAUUGCUACUAUGGAUAUCCACAGAUGAACACAAUGACAAGUAGCUAUGAGGAGGUGAGGAUGGAACCAGUGGUUUGUCCUAAGCCACGUAGGUUGGGUCUAUCAAACCAUCAUCAAUCUUCCAUCAACAACCAUAUCAGACCCUUGAGGUGCCCCAUUAGCUACCAAUCUGAAAUUGAAGAUUCAGGAGUUGGGGCAGAACUUCUUGAAAUCAUCCAUCCCAAGGCAAGUUGCUAUCCAGAGAGAUCGGCAGCGGCUAAUUUGUUGGCAUCGUCGCCUCCAUAUUUCAUUGGAUCUCCACCAAGCAGGGCCUCUAACCCUGUAAUCCAAGAUGAGCAAUUUGGUAAUGGGAAUUUUAGUAGUCCAUUUACCAUGGUGGCGUCGCCUUCGCCAUCGGCUCGAGGAUGUGGAGUUCCGAUGAAAUUCGGCAACACCCCAGCUGCUGUUAGGAUUGAAGGUUUUGACUGUCUUAGAAGAGAUAGGAGGAGCAACUGUAGUAUCUCUGCUGUUGCCUAAUGCAAUUUUGAAGAACAGAUAAUAGAUAAUAGAGAGAACUCAAUACCAAGAAUCAGCAGAGGAGUUUUUUUGUUUCCUUUGGAAAGAGGAUCUAAUCUUAAUAAUUCACUGUUGUUAGAGUUACUGUAUGAUGUAAAUAGCUGCGAUGUUCAAGUUGUUGCUCAUGAAUGAGUUUGGCGUCAGUCAUCAAUAAAAUAGGACAAGGCAGGGUAAAGAACAAGGCAAAAAAUAGCCACUUUCUUCUGUCUUGUUAUUAGGUUUUGUGGAGAGUUUAAAGUUGUUAUGUGUUUGUCACUCAUAUUCUUCCCAUGUAAUUGUAAUCUGGAGGAAAUUGAGGAUAAAUGUUUGGAAUUUUGUACAUUAUAUUAGUAUUAUUACCAUCAUCUGUUUUUGUGGAUGCCCUUUUUGAA